AUGGGGUACAGGCUAAGCAAAGCAGACAUUGAAUAUCUAGCAAGUGAAAAUAUAGUGUGGAGGUGUGAGCCUUGUGCAGUAACUAGGCGCAGCAGUCUACGGCUGGAGUCUCAGGCUACAGAAGGAAAUCUUUCACUGCAAGAUGUUAUCAAAGCUAUUGAAGAUCUUAAAAAAAACAGUAAACUAAAAGAUAGAGUCUCUAUUUUAGAAAAUAAAGUCGAUGAAAUGGAACAAUACUCUAGAAAAAACUGUGUUGAGACGCAUGGGAUACCUGAAACUGAUAAUGAUGUUAUGGAUCAUGUAAAAUCUGUAGGCCAAGCUCUUGGUAUGGAGAUAACUGACCAAAUGAUUGACAACUGUCAUUUGUUACGCAAAAGGCCAGGUUCAGAUAGGCCCCCAGGCAUCAUAAUUAAGUUUGUGAGAAAAAUAGAUGCUGAAAAUAUGUUGCAAAAGAGGAAAGGGAAGAAGCUUUCUACUAGGCAUCUGGGAAUGCAGUCAGAUAUCCCAGUCUAUAUUAAUGAAUCCUUAUCACCGGCUAGAAGGAGAUUGCUUGCCAUGGCGAGAGAGGUAAAGCUCCAGAAACAUUACAAGUGGUUGUGGGUGAGGGGUGGAAAAAUAUUUUUAAGAAAAGAAGACAAUGGCCCAGUGUCAACUGUGACAUGCCAAGCAGACCUGGUGAAACUGUGA